AUGCCUAAGAAGCUUCAAAAAACCCUUCAAGAUUACCUCAACAAACUCAAAAACAAAAACCCUCACCCUCAAAUCAAGUUAACCAAAAUGCUCUCUGGCUGCAAACACCCCAAAACGCCGUCGUUUUCUUUAGAAAACGGCAGAAACUUAUCAUCUAACGCCGUUAACGACGCUGCAACGCUAGCUGACGUUGACCGUUUUCUCUUCGAGAAUUUCAAGUCUCUGUAUUUCAAAGACGACGACGAAACCGAAAACUCCGUCAAAAAAAUCUCCGACGGAAAAAACAACCGCGAACCACCGAAAUUCACUUCCUCCUUGCUUGAAUCACCGCGAUUCGAUCGAUCACCACCGCAGAAUCUCUCCGGAUCAGCGCGAUUCUUCGUGAAACCGGGAAACUCAGGAUCGUUGAUGGAAGAUGCUUUAUCGCUAACAAACAGCGAUGAAGGCGACUCGAGUAAUUCCAAUUCCUCAUCGACAGAAUCGCCUUCGAAAGAGGUAGUUAUAGUGAAUCAUGAUGAUCGUAAUCAAUCUCUUCCUGAAAACUGUAUUGCUCUGUUAUCGUAUUCGCCGAGUCCUUACGACGAAUUCAGGCGAUCGAUGCAGGAAUUGGUGGAAUCCAAGUACGGUAAAACUGAACUCAAUCAAAUGAAAAUCGAUUGGGAUUUCAUGGAGGAGAUGCUGUUUUGUUACCUGAAUCUGAAUGAGAAAAAGUCUCAUAAGUUUAUUUUAAGUGCUUUUGUUGAUCUCAUCACUGUUAUGCGUCAGAAUUCGGAAGCAGCUCCGGCGAAGCCGUGUAGCGUGAGAACCGUUAGGAUUGGUAGGGAAGUCAGGAAGAAGAAGACUAAGCAAGUUACCAUUGAAUUUGGGUCUUAG